AUGGAAGAAAUUGAAUUGAAUAAUGAUGAGUUAAGAAGUACUAGAGUAAGGAAAUUAGAUGGUGAUCCUAAGGUUGGUUGGUUCCGUAAUAAAAAUGGUUUACUUUUAAAAACAUAUGGGUGGCUAGUUCAAAAUGCUAUAGGAAUUAUAUUAUUAAUACAUGGAUUCAAAUCUCAUGCUCGAUUAACUUAUAUGAAAAUUAAUAUAAAAAUGCCAAAUGGAAAUGAAGACUUAGUAGUAGAUAAUGAUAAUUACUAUGUUUAUAAAGAUAGUUGGAUUGAAAAAUUUAAUCAACAUGGCUAUUCAGUAUAUACACUAGAUUUGCAAGGACAUGGCGAAUCCCAAUCAUUGGGAAAUUUAAGAGGUGAUAUUAAUUGCUUUGAUGAUCUAGUUGGUGAUGUAAUACAAUAUAUGAAUCAGAUUUACGAUGAAAUUUCAAAUGAUAACCAAACGGAUUAUGAAAUCCCAAAUGAUAACCAAACGAAUGAUGAAAUUUCAAAUGAUGAUCAAACGGAUUAUGAAAUCCCAAAUGAUAACCAAACGAAUGAUGAAAUUUCAAAUGAUGAUCAAACGGAUGAUGAAAUAUCAAACGAUAUCCAAACGGAUUAUGAAAUCCCAAAUGAUAACCAAACGAAUGAUGAAAUUUCAAAUGAUGAUCAAACGGAUGAUGAAAUAUCAAACGAUAUCCAAACGGAUUAUGAAAUCCCAAAUGAUAACCAAACGAAUGAUGAAAUUUCAAAUGAUGAUCAAACGGAUGAUGAAAUAUCAAACGAUAUCCAAACGGAUUAUGAAAUCCCAAAUGAUAACCAAACGAAUGAUGAAAUUUCAAAUGAUGAUCAAACGGAUGAUGAAAUCCCAAAUGAUAACCAAACGGAUUAUGAAAUCCCAAAUGAUAACCAAACGGAUUAUGAAAUCCCAAAUGAUAACCAAACGGAUGAUGAAUCUCAUGAUAUAGUAACAACUAAAAAAAAAAGGCUUCCUAUGUAUAUUAUUGGGCAUUCGAUGGGAGGAAAUAUUGCUUUAAGAAUAUUACAAUUAUUAGGGAAAGAAAAAGAAAAUACCAUUAAUGCUGAAAACGAAAAUGACUAUAAAAAUUUAAACAUUAUAUUAGACAAUUAUGUUGAUAUUAAUGGAAUUGGCAAUUAUAUGGAAGAAUAUAUGAUUAAUAGUGUGUAUGAUAUAAAUAAUUCUAAUGAUUUUUCUAUAGAAAAUAUGAAUAACCCGGAUUGCAUUGCCAAUUUUAAUGAUUGUGAUUCAGAAAAUUCCUGUUUUAGUGCCCCUGAUACACCAAAUUCUAUUGUUAGUAAUAAAUAUGAAGAACAUUUUAAUUAUUUAGAUAAAUUAAAUAUUAAAGGCUGUGCAUCUUUAUCUGGUAUGAUGAGAUUACAAGCGCCAUUGGAUGGUGGAAACAAAUCAUUUAAGUAUUUAUAUUUACCUUUAAUAGAAUUCCUGUCUCGUGUCGCCCCUCAUGCACUAAUUUCGUCAGAACCGGGUUAUAAAAGGUCUGAAUAUGUUACUAAUAUAUGUAAGUACGAUAAAUUUCGAAAUAAAAAUGGAGUAAAAUUUAAAUGUAUAUCUGAACUUAUAAAAGCAACUAUCACAGUGAAUCGUAAUAUUAAUUAUUUGCCAAAAAAUAUUCCUUUAUUAUUUGUGCAUUCAAUAGAUGAUUGCGUUUGCAAUUAUAAAGGGUCAACUAUGUUUUAUGAUAAAGCAAAGGUUAAUAGAAAAGAAUUAUACAUUGUUGAAGAUAUGAAUCAUUCUAUAACAACAGAUCCAGAAAAUGAACAAAUUUUAAAAAUCGUUAUGGAUUGGAUUUCUGAUUUAGAAAGGAAUGAUGAAGAAGAAAUAGAAGGUGGAAUGGAAGGUGGAAUAGAAGACGAAAUAGAAAGUGAAAUGGAAGACGAAAUAGAAAGUGAAAUGGAAGACGAAAUAGAAGAUGAAAUAGAUGAUGAAAAAGAAUUACAUAUUGUUGAUGAUAUGAGUCAUGAUAUAACGAAAAAUCAAGAAAAUGAGCACUUUUUAAAAAAAAUUGUUGGUUGGAUCCGUAAUUUAAUAAGAAAUGUUGAAGGUGGAAUAGAAGAAGAAAUAGAAGGUGAAAUGGAAGGUGGAAUAGAAGAAGAAAUAGAAGGUGAAAUGGAAGAAGAAAUAGAAGAAGAAAUAGAAGGUGAAAUGGAAGGUGGAAUAGAAGAAGAAAUAGAAGGUGAAAUGGAAGGUGAAAUAGAAGAAGAAAUAGAAGGUGAAAUGGAAGGUGAAAUAGAAGAAGAAAUAGAAGGUGAAAUGGAAGGUGAAAUAGAAGAAGAAAUAGAAGGUGAAAUGGAAGGUGAAAUAGAAGAAGAAAUAGAAGGUGAAAUGGAAGGUGGAAUAGAAGAAGAAAUAGAAUGUGAAAUGGAAGGUGGAAUAGAAGAAGAAAUAGAAGGUGAAAUGGAAGGUGAAAUAGAAGGUGAAAUGGAAGGUGGAAUAGAAGAAGAAAUAGAAGGUGAAAUGGAAAGUGGAAUAGAAGACAAAAUAGAAGAUGAAAUAAAAGGUGAAAUAAAAUAUGAAAUAGAUGAUGAAAUAGAAAAUGUGGGUUAA